AUGGUGAGACUUGGUUCUAGGGCAGCCCAGGACCAGCCCGGCAGGAGCAAGCCCAGGUUGGGGCCACCUCUUCCACCCCCUAGAUGCGCAGACUCCCCAGCUUGGAGGAAAGAUGCCCCCCGGCCAUCUCCUCUGUCUGUCCCAGGCACCUGGAGACACAGGGAGGAGGAGGAAGAGGAGGAGGAUGAAUAUGAGCUGCCCCCCUGUGAGGCUCUGCCCUUCCGCCGAGCCCCCGGCCACCUUCCUGGCACUGAGGACUCUUUGUACUUGGGUGAGAUCUGGGAAAUUGGGGCGGGGGCUUGGGUGGUCAGGCGGGAUGGGAAGGUCCCCACAAGGGAAGAGAGCCCAGGCCUGGCCACUUCUCCCUCUGUUUGGCCUGGGGCGGUGAGGGGGGCUCUCAGCUGGCAGUCACCGAAGCCUCUUGGCUGGGCAGAGAGAGGGAUGGAGGGACCUCAGCCCGGGAUGGUGAACAGCCUCCCCGCCCGCCCCACCCCAGGCUGCCAUUUCCCAGCCACAGCCUUGUGCCCACAGCCCAAGGCAGUCAUGAGCCUGCAGGAAGCCCUGAAGCAGGGCUGGCCCUUUGGGAAGCGAGAGCUGGGUGCACCGGCCCGAGUGGUGCCAGGCCCUGCAAAGAAGCCGGAAGAGGACAUCUACCUGGAGUGUGAGCCCAGUCCAGCCUUCACUCAGACUCUGAGCUCCCAAGUCCCCACAUCCCUAGUUCCUCUGCCAAGGACAUCAGAGGGACCCAGGCCCACUGCAGCCCCCCAGGAAGCUCAGAAUGGAGCAUCAAAUGUCACCUCCAGAGGAAGAUCCUCUCUUUCCUCUGUAGCUGCCACCCAGAACACCUCGGCUGCUGAGGGACAGGAAGGUGGUCUGCUGGGCCAGCCUUGGUACGCAGGGAACUGUGACCGCCAUGCUGUUGAGAGUGCCCUGCUCCGACUCCAAAAGGAUGGGGCCUACACCAUACGCCCCAGCUCAGGCCCUCAUGGCUCCCAGCCCUUCACUCUGGCAGUGCUUCUCCAUGGCCGGGUCUUCAACAUUCCCAUCCGGCAGCUGGAUGGCGGGCGCCACUAUGCCCUGGGCCGGGAGGGCAGGAACCACGAGGAGCUCUUCUCCUCCGUGGUCGCCAUGGUCCAGCACUACGUGCAGCACCCCCUGCCGCUCGUGGACCGACACAGCGGCAGCCGGCAGCUCACCUGCCUGCUCUUUCCCACCAAGCCCUGACGUCACUGCGCAUGUGCAGGCCCACUGCUGGGCCCCCAGUUUGUUCCGCCGGCUGUACUCUCCCAGGUCACCAUCCCUCCAGCGCCCCCAUCCCGUGCCCCAGUCCCUGCAGGCUCCCCUGAGAGGCGUUGGGAAAGGUGCCCCAGAGACAGAAAGGGUCUGCAAGACUCCACGCCAUGCUCACCCAGAGCCUGGCCCUGCCACUCGCUCCUGCAUCUCCUGGAAAGCAGGGGACAGGCAGGGCCCCAUUUUCGGCCCCAGGCGUGGCCCCCCAAGCUGCUCUGCAUGAAGACCUGUUUGGGGAAGCCGAUCCUCAGGGGGACUGCAUGGGAACUACUUGGCUGCGACUCGGAUCCUCUCACAUUCCAUAAGGGGUGUAACACAGGGCUGGCAUCUACCCUCGAGGCACUUGGUCACUCUGCCCGUAGUUUGCUUUCAAUAAAUAUUUGUCGAGUGAGUUCUUGAAUUCUGA